AUGGGCAAUCGUACAUCGAGCAACGGUCAAGCCGCGCCUCAAGGUCCGAUGUUCACCUCUCGUAACCAGGUUUUCUUCUGAGAAACUAUCGGAAACCACAGAUGGUUGAGGCUGUCGCCGUGAACCUGAGCCAGAGGCAGAUGAGACCGCCGUCGAGGUCUGAGGCUCGUAUCAGCAUCUGGAGGCUGAUGUGCUGCCGUGACCAGAACACUCGUCGUCGGUCUCAGGGCCAGAGCACCACCACCGUUGUCGCCGUGCGCUGA